UAACAGGUCUUGAGCGAUUCCAAACUUCAAUCAACAGAUUUUAUUCCCGUCGGCGAAAUCAUAUUUAAUUGUUCUGAAAAAAGCGUUAUAGAGAAGAAAAGACAUGGUUGAGAGAGAGAAAGAAAAACAGGCUUGCUCCAAAGGGAAGGAAGAUCGAAUAAGCCAAUUACCUGAUCCUUUGAUCUGUCACAUACUCUCUCAUCUUCCCCUAAAGGAAGCUGUAAAGACUAGCGUUAUAUCCACCAGAUGGAGGAGUCUCUGGCUUUGGCUUCCUCGUUUGGAAUUGACAUGUUGGAAAUUCCCUAAUUCCAAUGCCUUUAUGAGUUUCGGUGACACGUUUCUUGAUUCCAACAGGGUUUCAUAUAUAGACAACCUCAAGGUAACUAUUGACAAAGAUGCCUCACAUCUCACGUCAUGGAUUGAUGCUGCGGUUAAGCGUAAGGUCAAACAUAUAGAUCUGAGUUGUCAUCGUCUAAAUAGCUGUCCUGAGUUACCCACAAGCACUUAUACAUGUGAGACACUGGUAUCUUUAAAACUUGAUCGGGCGGACUUGGCUAAUGCCAAAAUCGUUUUCCUACCUUGUCUGAAGACGUUACACUUAGAAAGUAUUUCGUAUCCCAACGAAGCUAUUUUUGAGAGACUUGUCUCAUCCUGCCCUGUCCUGGAGGAGUUAGUGAUGGACGUCAAAUCUGUGUUUGAUGAUAAUGCAAUACACUUUCGGGUGUUCUCUAGGUCAUUGAAGAAGCUCAAAAUAAAUAUUCGAAAAUGUAGGUAUUCUUCAAUUUCUUCUUGUUCAGGAGUUGUGAUUGAUGCUCCUCUAUUAAGAUUUUUGAGCAUCAAUGAUGACUUAUCAGAAAGCUUGGUUGUAAUAAACAAAAUGCAUCCCGACGCCAAGUUAGAUAUUUCUUCUUCCUUUGAUUUUGGUUUGAAUUUUUUUGGACCAUUCGCCAAGUUAGAUAUUUCUACUUUCUUUGAUAUUUCAAAGAGAAAUAGCAUCCGCGGGUUUCUUUCGCAGAUUUCGAAGGUUAAAGAUAUGAAAAUAUGUAGAGACACUGUCAAGCUCAUCUAUCAUUACUCGAAAUUAGAGUCGUUGCCUCAGUUUGGUUACCUGUCCUGCCUGAAUGCAACUAUCCUUUACUCCGAGUUGAAAGAGUUACUAACCUUUCUUAAUAGCUGUCCAAAUUUGAAAUCCCUCAUCUUGGUAUGCUAUGGUAGUUGUGAUGCAAUGCCCUUCGAGGAGAUUAAUCAAAUCAGUUUGUCAUAUAAGCCUGAGUGUUUGCUAUCAUCUCUCGAGUUUAUUGAUUUCGAAUUCCGAUGCGGAGGUUAUGUUCCACUAAUGAAGAUAGUAAGGUACUUCCUAGAGAAUACGGCAAUACUCAAGAAGCUCACUCUACGUUUGGCCAAUUGUCCAAUACGAGUAAAGUCUACUGUCAAGGAGGAACUCCACAGAAUGUCACGAUGCUCUAGCGAAUGUGAGAUCGUCGUCACGGAUUGGUAUUUGAUUAGAAGUUUUAAUGAUUUUCUAUAG